AGAAAUGUCGGGAGGGGAUCCGAGUCCUCCCGUUUCUUUCUUCGGUACCGUAGCUGGACUCGAUAGAAAUAUACGUGAAUUUAUAAGGGUCUACUAUUACACAUUUUUUUUUAGCAUCAUCUUCUUCCACCUUGCGCGUUCCUUCAAAUUCUCUCUCUCUCUCUCUCUCUCUCUCUCUCUCUAUCUCUGAGCGCCCGUCUCCAUGGCCUCUACCAUACAAAAGCUCUGGUCUUCAAACCGGUUCGCUGUAAAAAAAAGGGGCACAAUUGAUACCGUGUGAUGCAUAUAAUUCAUCGACUAUACGGUUCACAGUACAAGAUCCAGUUACUAUCCACCUGGAAUUCUAAUUUUGUGCACGGACUUUCAGAUAGUAGAUUGGUUGUACUGAAGGGAUUUUAACCCUAGGUUCAAAUCGUCGCAAUCAUUCGUUAUUACAUUGUAAAGCUGCUGAGUGAGGUGAUUUCUGGUUGGUAGUUAGUUACUGUGGUUUUUAUGUUACUUCAUCAUGCCAGCCAUACAGAAGCUUUAUAAUGCUUGUAAAGUUUCACUUUCCCCUAACGGACCGGUAUCAGAAGAUGCUGUCGAAAAAGUUCGCGCUCUGCUAGACAAGAUCAAGCCCUCGGAUGUCGGCCUUGAGCAGGAGGCACAGUUGGUACGUGGGUGGACAAGUUCAGUGCAUGGGCGUAAUGGUAAUAAUCUUCUGUCACUGCCGCCGAUCACAUACCUGCAUAUACACGAGUGUGAAAGCUUCACUAUGGGAAUAUUUUGCUUGCCUCCUUCCUCUAUUAUACCUUUACAUAAUCAUCCUGGAAUGACAGUGUUGAGCAAGCUUCUAUAUGGUACAUUACACGUUAAAUCGUAUGAUUGGGUCGAUGGGCCUGUGCCAUCUGGACUAUUGCAAGCGAGACCUGCAAAGCUUGUUAAGAAUGGCGAAAUGAGGGUCCCUUCUGAGCCAACGGUUCUCUAUCCAAUAAGUGGAGGCAACAUUCAUUCCUUCAGAGCCUUAACUCCCUGCGCUAUUUUUGACAUCUUGUCCCCGCCUUACUCUGCUGAAGAUGGACGAGACUGUACGUAUUUCCGGAGGUCCCCAAGAGAAGAUUUACCAGGUACUCUUGAAUUGGACGGAGUGACCAUCACGGAAGUGACUUGGUUAGAAGAGUUCCAACCUCCAGAUGACUUUGUGGUUCGGAGAGGACAGUACAAGGGUCGUGCUAUUAAAACUUGAUUUUUUUCCUUUUCUUUGAUCUGUUUUUCCCCCACACCAUUUUUAAAUGAGCUGAGUGCUUAUUUUCGUAGUUUGAGGUGGAAUUCUGGAAUUGAGAUGUCAAUAGCCAUGAGCAAAUUUGUUUCCCUGUUGGCAAUGAGUUUAGGCGUUUUUGUACAUAUCAAUAUAUAGUAAUUUGAAUAGAAAUCUCAGCUAUUAAAGAUUGAACAUGGAUGAAAAUUGAAAGAAUCUCAUCUGGUCUUGUUCGAUUA